AUGUAUCCAAUGGCUACCGUUCGUCCACCAGUGUGGUGCAUUUCUAAAAUACCAAUUCUUAAAUGGCUUCAAUUGGUAUGUUCCUUGGUUGUUGUCAUUUUUAUCAGUGAUGGAAGAUAUCAGUGGUUCAUCUACACAGUGAUUUUCUUCAUUUGCAUCUUUCUCAUUGUGUGUACCUUUUUGACACUGGUGGUACUAUAUGUGGGUAUAAAGAACGUUUACAAUGUUGAAGUAAUAUUCAAUUUAAUAGCAUUUUUAUCAUGUUUAUUGGCCGGUUCACUGUUAACCUACGAUCUGAUACAAAUGAUUUCCGGUAGUUUCACACAUCAUCGAUACCUUCCACCAGCAUAUAUCGGUAGGGAUAGCUGGAAGAAUCGAAUCGCUGUCUGUACGGUACGUAUGCAUUUAUUAUUAAUCAAUAGAUCACCUAAGCACAGUAAUCAUGACAGGAGGAUAACUGGUGACAGUUGCACAUGUACCACUUUUAGUCAUUACGGUAUUCCUGCUUCUGAAGACGCUUUUUUAUCAGGCAUCAUUUGUGAUAAUCAAACAUAA